UCUGCCUGCCAUGUGCACACUGCUGCUGCUGCAACACAGACUGUAUGCACACACCGAUCGCGGAGCAGAGAGAGGAGGACAGCGAGCAGGUGGGAGGCGGUGCUGCACGGACAACUGCGUCCCACUCCUAAAGAAAGCAUCUUUACAUCCAUCAGAGAGUAUACUUCUCAUCUCUCUGACCUCCACUUGAUCACAGCUUUCUAAAUAACGACAUAGGGGAGCUGCGUGAACAUUUAAGCUGCCUUCAAGGAUGGACUCCAUACCUGCUGGACGAGACUCCAGCUCCUCGCCAACCUCGAAACAAGAACUUUCCUACUCCAAGAACCUGAAGCCCAACCAGGUGGGACAUACGGUGCUGUACGGAGUACCGAUCGUGUCUUUGGUGAUAGAUGGCCAGGAGAGACUAUGCCUCGCACAGAUAUCCAACACGCUGUUGAAGACUUACAGCUAUAACGAGAUACACAACCGGCGCGUGGCACUGGGCAUCACCUGCGUGCAGUGCACCCCCGUGCAGCUGGAGAUCCUGCGCAGAGCCGGGGCCAUGCCCAUCUCCUCCAGGCGCUGCGGGAUGAUCACAAAGCGCGAGGCUGAGAGACUCUGUAAAUCAUUCCUAGGAGCUCACGCGCCUCCUAAACUUCCAGAGAAUUUCGCUUUUGAUGUUUCUCACGAGUGCGCGUGGGGGAGUCGAGGCAACUUCAUCCCGGCGCGCUACAACAGCUCCAGGGCCAAGUGCAUCAAGUGCUCCUUCUGCAACAUGUAUUUCUCUCCAAAUAAAUUUAUAUUUCACUCGCAUCGCACGCCAGAGUCCAAGUACACACAGCCGGACGCCGCUAACUUUAAUUCUUGGAGACGACAUCUUCAACUUUCAGAUAAAGGUAGCCAGCAAGAUGUGAUGCACGCGUGGGAAGACGUGAAGGCCAUGUUCAAUGGGGGCAGUCGCAAGAGGACGCUGCCAGGCUACGGGUCAGAUUCCAGCUCUUCCUCAAAAUCACAUGGACAAUCCCGUCCCCGAGAAUCACCCGACAUACCCGCAAAAAUCAUCAGCCGCGAGGACAAUCUGGUUGGGAUGUCGAGCACGCGCAGCUACCCAAUCAUCCCUGUGCCCAGUAAAGGCUUCGGGAUGCUGCCAAAGAUCCCUCCGCCGCUCUUCCCUCACCCGUACGGGUUUCAAGCUUUUGGCCUGUGUCAGAAGAAAGACGACAUCCUGAUGGGAGACCAGAGCAAAGCGGGCCUGCCGGGUGUCCUGUGGCCGGGUACAAAGGACAGCGCCUACCCCUCCUUCCCCAUAUUCUGGCCGGCGACCGGCGCGCUGCCCAUGCCCCCGUACCCCCAGACUCAGCACAAACCCCCGCCAGAGCUGCUGUGUCCCCCCAGGCAGACUGACAUGGAGCUCUCCGAGCACAGCGACCGGAGCACCAAUACCUCAAAAGACAGCAUGGUAGAAAACGACCGGUGCUCCAGCACUCAGUCCACGCGUAAUGAGGACGAUAAGUCCGGGGACGAGGCGAGGCCUCUGGAGGGGAUGACCCUUGCCUCCCGGAAAAUCAGCUACGUGUCCGCCUUCAGGCCCGUCAUUAAAGACGCGGACUGCAUCGCCAAGCUGUACGGCAACAGGGGCGCUUUCAACGGGGGUCGCACUGGCUAUUUAUCGCCCGAUUUUUUAAGUGAGAGCUCAAGCUACCGGUCCAUGUCCCCCUGCGUGGACAGUGAGGGCGAGCCGGACGUGGAUGUAGAGACUAAUAAAACACCAGAGGAAGAGGAAAAGGAGGAGGAGGACUCCCGGCCUCUGUCCUCGGUGUGUCCUCGGACUCCCCCUCGGGCUCACAGUGUCUCCCCAUCCGACUCAGACUCCAGGAGCCUGCAGGAGGCGGUGAACUCCCAGAAAGUGAGCCUGCAUGUGGCCCAGUCCUCUGACAGAGAGCUGCAGAACAAGCAGCUGUCAGAGACCCACAUAGCUGCGUCUUUUAAUGAAGUGUACACACCGGAGAGGGCUGAGCUGCAACAAAGGAGCAGUCCGUAUCAGCUCAGACCUGCGAAUUACAAGAUUGGAGUACUUACAUCAAAUGAUGAGAGUGCAAGUAAAGAGGAGCCGUCUUCCACAGUGGAGGAGGUCGAAACGAAAUCUUGUGAUGAACAAAGCAGCGAGGAGAACCAGCGGGAGCCGGAUGAGGGCGAGGCUGCGCCAGCCAGAGCUCCUCCAGCACAAAGAGCCAUAGAAAGUCUGGCAAAAGAAGAACUACAGAAGCAGCUGUUAGAGCAAGUUGAACUGAGGAAAAAGCUGGAACGUGAAUUUCAAAACUUGAAAGAUAAUUUUCAGGAUCAAAUGAAAAGGGAACUGUCGUACAGGGAGGAGAUGGUUCAGCAGCUGCACAUCGUCAGAGAAGCUCACGACGCUUUACACCAUUUCUCGUGUAAGAUGUUGACUCCUCGCCACUGCAGCGGAUCCUGCUCCUUCAAAUCUCCUCUCCUCCCACCCUGAACCAGAUGACAUUUUAUGAAAGAAAAGGGACACAAAGGACACAUCUUCUGUCAAACCAUGAAAAACCUCUGAGGGAUCCAGUCUAAAGAAGACUAACUUGUAAUUACUUGUAAUAUAUUGAAUUGAAAUGCGUAUACACCCUCAGUAUUUAUGUCCAUCUUGCAUAUAUAAUUUGUUUUUCUGAAAUGAUACCAUUGAUGAUAUUUAUUAUUUGUGGCAAAGUGCAAUGACAAUGUGUGUAAUAGGUUGUUAUUUCCUCUUUUUUUGUCAAUAAUGGAGGCUUUUAAUAGCCAAUUCAUUGCUCUUUAUCCUCUCAGUAUUGUGCAUAGCCUAAUACAUUUUCUAUGUUCUUCUUUGCAGGCCAAUAGCUUCAUUUGGAUGUUAUGCACUUUAAACAAAUUAUGGUAAUUUCUAUAAAAAAUAUUGUGCAUUGAAAUCGGCCUGCAAUAUAAUUAUUUGAAG